AUGAGCGAUCUUCACAUCAAUUAUCGCAUUGGAUUAUCAACAAUAUCUAAUAUUGUUCGAGAAGUAUGCGAAUCACUCUGGGCCACGUUUAAAAAAAGUUGUUUCCCUACAAUCACGGAAGAACUACUAGCAAAAGUUGCUACAGAAUUUGAAGAACGAGCUAAUUUUUCACACGUUAUUGGAGCCAUCGAUGGGAAACAUAUUCGAGUAAUUAAGCCAGAGGGCAGUGCAUCAAUGAACUUUAAUUAUAAACACUUUUUUUCCAUUCUCUUGCUGGCAGCGUGUGAUUCAAAUUACAAAUUUUUAUACGUUGAUGUAGGAGCACCAGGAAAAUCAAGUGCUUCAACAACUUUUAAGAACUCAACGCUGUAUAAAUUAUUAAAAACUAACAAAAUUAAAUUACCACCACUCAAAACUCUUUCAGAUAAAGGGUCAGACAAAAUUCCUUAUUUUUUAAUAGGAGACGAGGGAUUUGGACUUUGUCAAUUUCUUCUGAGACCAUUUGGUGGAAAAUAUUUGUCUGUGGGUAAAAAAGUGUUUAAUUAUCGCCUUACACGUGCCAGAAGAUACAUCGAAUGUAGUUUUGGAAUACUUAGUAAUAAGUGGAGAAUCUUACAUCGUGCAUUUAAUGUUGAAGAAAGUUUGGUAGAAAAUAUAAUUAAAUCGUGUUGUCUUUUACACAAUUUUGUGAGGGACAGAGAUAACUUUACAUUUGAGGAUAGAAUAUCGCUAUUAGUGGGUUGA